AUGGAGUUGUUAUGGUCUAGCUAUCAAGCAUUAAGCUGUAACUCGGAAGAUCUGUACUCUCAAUUACAUCAAUUCUUUAAAUGGCUUUUUUUACCUUCAGCAAAAAAUAAGAAGUUAAAAGAACUAACGUUUACUUCAAUACUCAAUAGACGAAGCUUUAAAUCUUUGCAGGAACAAGUCCUGCAAAGCAUUAAUUCAAAUGUUCCACUUAUCCUUGGGCGGAAAUUAUCCAAAAUCAAGCCUCAUUUAUCUGCUCUGGAAACGUUUGUCACAAGUGUCAAGUCAAGAAUUACUGAUGGAACAUUCACGCCUGAAAAAAAAUAUACGGAUAAAUGUGGCUACCGGUUUUUCACUCUAUUACCGAUCUAUUCAUUUGAAACAAAGUCGGUCCAAAUAAUAGAUGCCACAGCUUUUUGGCGACUCGUGAAGAAAUCUAAUAUUGAAAAUUACCCAAAAAGUACUAAAACCAAAUCGGAUCUAUCAGAUUUCUACUACAAGCUUUUUGACUUUUCCAAACUGGGAUUUCGCUCUCGAAGGGAGUCUUUCACUAGGAAGAAAGCAGUUCAAGUAAGGAAAAAAAAAAAAGAAGUUUCCGUAGAAAAACAACCAAUUGACUUUCUUAAAGAUAUUGAAAACGGCUGUACUGUCUGGGGAGUAGACCCCAGUGUCAAUACAAUCUUCACCGCUGUAGAUACAUCUGGGAGGCAAAGGACAACCAGCUUAGACGAAUAUUACCAUUUAUGUGGUUAUAAUGAUGCAACGUUUAUACGAAAUCAGCAUCAAAAGCAACACAUGGCUGAAUAUUCGAAAAUAUCAAACUGGAGCUCAUUGAAGACAUUGAAUAUCAAAGAUUUUAUUAAAGCAUACAAAGAAAAACUCGCGUUAUAUGACGAUAUUAAAAAAUCCAAACUGAAAUUCCAACGUUACGUGAAGAAACAAAAAGGUGUGCAUGAGAUUUGCAAGAGGUUCGUCUAUAACAGCAGCAAAUGUCAUCAGAAGUCAUCUACCGGUGUAAAGUCAGUUAUUAAUAAUAUAAGCAAAUUCUAUCCACCUACCCUGACCGACCAUAAAGAAAGGCCAGUAAAAACGAUCAUUGCUUUGGGCGAUGGUGUGCAGUUAGAAGUAGUAAUGGUUAAUGAAUACCUCACUAGCCAAAUCUGCAACAAGUGCAAAAUUAGAAAUGUCAAGAAUGUGGUGACCAAAAAAUCAAAGCGAAGAGUACACACAAUAUUACAGUGUCAACAAAACACUUCAGCUCACAACAACUUGUACUUGUUUUUAUUUGCUUCGAAAAACAAUAAUCAGCGUCUGAGCCAAUUCAAGCGUAAAGACGCAACCACCGAUGAAACAUCCCCGUAUGACUGA